AUAACAUUCUAUAAAUUUGAGUUCCUCUAGUGAAGGUCCAAAUUUAAGGCAUUCCAUUUAACCUAUAGACUAUUUCUUCAUUCUUCUGGUGUAGGUGCACCCACGGUCGUCAGAAUAAUUUCGUGGGAAGAUUAAUUUAUUUAUCUGUUUAUUAGAUGUCCUAGGCUUUGAUAGUCCAUAAUAUUCCCAAACAAUUUAUGGGAAAAUUAUGAAAUUGUUUCACAUAUCAGGCAAUCAGCUGAAGCUUCUGUAUUGAAAAUUUCUUAGUAGCCAUGAAUUUCUGUGGUUGUUGCAGUUGCUGGGGGAAGAGGGAGCGCGGUGGCUUCCAUGCUUCUGUUGAUACUGCAGAGAACCCAUCAACAAAUCGUCUUGUUGAUACUGUAGAAAACCCAUCAACAGAUCUUCCUGUUGACACUGCGAAAAAUCCUCCAAAAGCUCGUCCUGAUCGAUCAAUAGAUCUUCCUGUUGACACAGCGAAAAAUCCUUCAACGGAUCCACUUGAUCGAUCAACAGAUCUUCCUGUUGACGUUGCAGAAAAACCAUCCUUAUCCACAACAUCAGUCGGACCUUCUUUUUCCAAAAAACCACCACCGACACUGGAAGAUGUCAGGGAUAGCUUACAAAAAGUGGACAUCGGAAGACUUGAUGAUUUCAUCAAUGUCAUUAGACAACGGCUGGAAAGAGUGGCCCCUCAAAAGGAUACACAGGACAUUGCAAGCUCAAGUUCUCCAAAUAAAGAUAAGUUUCCAGUAUGGACUUCUCCUAUUGUACAGAGCGGAAGGAAGUUUCUAUCAUUUGUCAAUGAUCAUUCAGAGAAAAUAGAUAACAAGGAUGAAUUUUUUAACUCAGGCGAAGCAGCAAAAAUUGCAGGAAAUAUACUUCAGCAAGCUGGCCAAAUCCAUUGGGCGGUUGCAGCGCUUUCUAUCACAGGCUAUCUGAUAUCAAAAUGUCAAAAGGUGUCUCAGAACCAUACUGAAUAUAUAGAGCUCUUGAAAAAAAUGCUUGAGCUUGCAUCUCAUAUUAAGGACUUGAAAGUUCGUAUUCCUGAAGAAAAAGAGAAAUUGGCAAAUGCUUUCCAAUACAUUGUUGAGGGAUCGAUGUUUUGUGCCUCCCAAUUAAAUUCGGGAAAAUUUUGCAGCUUCUUAAAAUCAUCAAUAAACUCUGACACUUUGAGUGGAAUUCGCUCCAAAAUAAGCGGUCUUUAUCAAGAUUUGAACUUAACUGUUAAUAAAGAAAUGUUAAAAGGGCAGCCUGUUAUUCUUCCUCUCUCUCAAGCAGAGUAUCCAAAGAACGCAGUUGGAAUCGAAGAACAAUUAGAGGCAGUAAAUAAAUUGCUGAACAUGGAAACAACUGAAGAUUGCUCAUCUAUUGUUGUUCUUAUUUGGGGCUUCGGUGGCAUUGGAAAGACAACUCUGGCUCAGGCUGUUGUCUCCAAAAUAGAUAGAAGCCGUUACAAUUAUGCCAGAAUUAUAUUAGAUGAGGUUUCUGAAAACAAUAAGUAUAAGUAUACAGAAAUGCAGCAGCACAUUUUACAAGAUGCAUUCCCAAACUAUAAGGGUGGAAUUAAAAUAGAACUCCGAGAUAGUGAUGAUGGGAAGGAUAAAUUAAGAGAGGCUUUUUCAAGUGAAGGAAACAAGCCUGUAUUUUUGUAUAUUGAUAAUGCCCUGCACAAAAAAGAUUUGGAACAGCUUCUUCCCGAGGACUUGGGAUGCCUUCCCCAACAUAGCAGAAUUCUUAUCACAUCCAGAACCAAGGAAAUUGUUGAUAUGCUUGAGGAACGUGGUUUUCAUGAUCGUAUCAAAGAUUACCCUGUGGAAACUCUCUCUGACAAUGAUGCAAUGCAAGUUCUCUGCAAAGACAAUGCAAUUCGUGAUCGCAUCAAAGAUGAUCUACAAAAUAUUGUGAAUGUCUGUAAAGGGAUUCCUUUGGUUCUCACAAUCGUUGGUGCGAAAUUGCGGAAGUAGAAAUAU